UCAUCAGCUGUAGAAUUCUAGCCAAUCAUCGCCUACCUCCGUGACACAUUCCGUUUUCAUCCCGCCCCCUACACGGGCACGCAAAGAACGGUAGAAACCGCCCGGUUAGGAUCGUAUACGAUUCUUUUGUAGUUCACUUUGUGUUUUUACAGUCAUGACGUUAUUCACACUAACCAUGCUGAAGAACAAUUUUGUGUUAGUUCUGUGUAUGUUGAGCUCGUCAUUGUGUGCGCGGAGUAAUGUGGUCGAGCUCAAAGACGAGGACUUCGAUUACAUCGCGCCUGAGCACGAGACCCUGCUGGUGAAGUUUUAUGCUCCAUGGUGUGGUCAUUGUAAGAAACUUGCCCCAGAGUUUGAAAGUGCUGCUUCUCGACUGAAGGGAACAGUAACACUGGCUAAGGUGGACUGUACUGCCAGUACAGAAACGUGUAAGAAAUAUGGUGUCACCGGAUACCCAACGCUCAAAAUAUUCAGAAAUGGACAUGAAUCAUCGUCGUACGAUGGGCCACGCUCAGCCGAUGGAAUUGUGAGCUAUAUGAAGAAACAGGCAGGACCGGACUCUGUCCCUUUACACAGUGAAUAUGACCUGGAAAACUUCAUUAACAACUUUGAUGCCAGUGUAGUUGGGUUUUUCUCAGGGAGUGACAGCUCUCAACUGGCCGAGUUCCUUAAAGGAGCCAAUUUAAUGAGAGACAGCUUCCGCUUUGCCCACACCACAGACCUCGAACUGGGACGCAAAUACGACGUCACAUCAGAGUCUGUGCUUCUCUUCAGACCCCCGAGACUGAGCAGUAAGUUUGAAGAGAGUGUAGUGCACCACAGAGGAUCCCUGUCCAUCACAGGCCUGCGGCGCUUCAUUCGAGAUAACAUUUUUGGACUCUGUCCCCACCUGACCAAAGAAAAUAAGGAUGCUUUGAGGAAGAGGGAUUUGCUGACUGCAUACUAUGACCUGGAUUACCUUCGCAAUCCUAAAGGCUCAAACUAUUGGCGAAACAGAGUAUUAAAGGUUGCAUCGAAGUGCAGUUCUCAAGGUCUUUUGUACUCGGUGGCUAACCGUAAUGACUUUCUGGAAGAGCUUGAAGAUGAAUUUGGUCUGGGGACAUCAGAUGGAGCCGAGCUGCCCUUUGUCACCAUCAGAACACGAACCGGGCACAAAUACACCAUGAGGGUGGAGUUUACACGAGACGGGAAGUCUUUAGAGAGUUUUCUAGAGGACUAUUAUGCUGGGCGACUUAAACGUUAUAUUAAAUCAGAGCCUGCGCCUGCCAAAAACGAUGGCCCGGUCAAGGUAGUUGUGGCAGAUACUUUUGAAGAGAUAGUAAAUGAUCCGGAGAAGGACGUCCUUAUUGAGUUUUAUGCUCCGUGGUGUGGCCACUGUAAAAACCUGGAGCCCAAAUAUAAAGAGCUUGGAGAACAGCUAUACAGUGAUCCCGGUAUUGUAAUCGCCAAGAUGGAUGCGACAGCCAAUGAUGUCCCGCAGGGCUAUGAUGUGCAAGGUUUUCCCACCAUAUAUUUUGCCCCUGCUGGACGGAAAGAUGAGCCAAAGAGAUAUGAGGGAGCUCGUGAAGUGAAAGACUUCAUCAACUUUUUGAAGCGAGAGGCGUCAAAUUCCCUAGUGCUAAAUGGAGUGAAGGAGGAAUUAUAAAUAGGCUUUUAUGAAAUGUAUUUAUUUAUUUAUUUUUGAGGGUGUAUGAUGUACAAAUUGUGAAUUUAGUU